AUGCCGGAGGAGCCCCGGCCGCGGCCUCCGCCCUCGGGCUUCGCGGGUCUCCUGUUCCUGGCGUUGUGCAGUCGGGCCUUCAGCAAUGAGAUUCUGGGCCUGAAGCUGCCCGGCGAGCCGCCGCUGACCGCCAACACCGUGUGCUUGACGCUGUCGGGCCUGAGCAAGAGGCAGCUGGGCCUCUGCCUGCGCAGCCCCGACGUGACGGCAUCCGCGCUUCAGGGCCUGCACAUCGCGGUCCACGAGUGUCAGCACCAGCUGCGCGACCAGCGCUGGAACUGCUCCGCGCUCGAGGGCGGCGGCCGCCUGCCGCACCACAGCGCCAUCCUCAAGCGCGGUUUUCGGGAGAGUGCUUUUUCCUUCUCCAUGCUGGCGGCAGGGGUCAUGCAUGCGGUCGCCACGGCCUGCAGCCUGGGCAGGCUAGCAAGCUGCGGCUGCGGCUGGAAGGGCAGUGGUGAGCAGGACCGGCUGAGGGCCAAGCUGCUGCAGCUGCAGGCUCUGUCCCGGGGCAAGACUUUCCCCCACUCCCUGCCCAGCCCUGGCCCCGGCUUAGGUCCCAGCCCCAGCCCCCAGGACACGUGGGAAUGGGGUGGCUGUAACCAGGACAUGGACUUUGGAGAGAAGUUCUCUCGGGAUUUCUUGGAUUCCAGGGAAGCUCCCCGGGACAUCCAGGCAAGAAUGCGAAUCCACAACAACAGGGUGGGGCGACAGGUGGUAACUGAAAACCUGAAGCGGAAAUGCAAGUGUCACGGCACGUCGGGCAGCUGCCAGUUCAAGACCUGCUGGAGGGCGGCCCCAGAGUUCCGGGCGGUGGGGGCAGCGCUGAGGGAGCGGCUGGGUCGGGCCAUCUUCAUCGAUACCCACAACCGCAACUCCGGAGCCUUCCAACCCCGCCUGCGUCCCCGUCGCCUUUCUGGAGAGCUGGUUUACUUUGAGAAGUCUCCCGACUUCUGUGAGCGAGACCCUACUGUGGGCUCCCCCGGCACUCGGGGCCGGGCAUGCAACAAGACCAGUCGUCUGCUGGACGGCUGCGGCAGCCUGUGCUGCGGCCGUGGGCACAAUAUGCUUCGGCAGACGCGAGUUGAGCGCUGUCAUUGCCGCUUCCAUUGGUGCUGCUACGUGCUGUGCGACGAGUGCAAGGUCACAGAGUGGGUCAACGUGUGUAAGUGA